AUGCAACUCUUCACCUGCGGUGAGAACAGCGACGGCUCUCUCGGGGAGCCACGAGCUUGUCGGAGACGGAACGUUGCCUUUCAUCAUCGCGAGCAUCCCGACCUGGGCCUGGAGUACACCCCGCAUUGUCCUCUGUGGGUUCUGCGACCGAAGAAAGUCCUCGAAGGAAAAGGGAUUCGCCCCAUCAACUGCGAUACCGGCUCCACCUUUUUCGACGUGGACGGAGACCUCAGACACUUUGGGUGGGGGUCUCUAUCCAAAUUUCAGCGAGCGGGGGUAAUGGAGGCGGGCACGGAGAACCUCAUCCAUAUCAUCCGACUUGCAGACGGGUCGCUUUCCUGCUCAGAGAUGGGAGUCUUCUAA